AUGGACCCAGAAAGAUCAAUGGAGGACCAAUUCUCCAAGCUACAUCCUUCCUUGCCAGAAAACACCAGAAUUGGAAUAGUGGGAGCUGGCCCAAGUGGCUUAUCAGCUGCUUAUGCACUAGCUAGACUUGGUUAUAAGGAUAUCACAGUUUUGGAGAAACAUCAUACUGUAGGAGGAAUGUGUGAAUCAGUGGAUAUUGAAGGAAAAAUUUAUGAUCUGGGUGGGCAAGUUCUUGCUGCAAGCAGUGCUCCAGUGAUCUUUCACUUGGCAAAAGAGACAGGCUCUGCACUAGAAGAAUUGGACUCUCACAAGCUUGCUGUUAUUGAUCCUUCCUCUGGAAAAUAUCAAGAUAUUAAAGUUGCUGAUGAUUAUGUAUCUGUUAUGUCACUUACAUUGGAAAUCCAAGAAAAAGUGAAGAAUUGUGGUCGUAUAGGAGUCCAUGCUGUCAGUGAAAUUGCUUCAGAUUUAACUCCAGAGUAUCUUGAACAUCAUGGACUCAAAUCCAUUCCUAAGUCUGUGGCUUAUGGCUACACUGCUUCAGGAUAUGGGUUUGUUCAAGACAUGUCUUAUGCCUACAUUCAUGAAUUUACUAGAACAUCCAUGGCUGGGAAAAUUCGGAGAUUUAAAGGUGGAUAUACAAGUCUCUGGCAGAAGAUUGCUGAAUCACUUCCGUUAAAACUUCGGUAUAACACUGAAGUAUUGGCAAUCAGGAGGGACUCUGAUGGUGUCACCGUUAAUGUCAAGAGCUCAAAUGAAGUUGAAACAAUGGAAUUUGAUAAGAUUAUAGUUUCUGGUUCAUUUCCAUUGAACUAUGGAAGAAUUUACAGAUCGCCUUCAACUAGCAUUGAAUGCGAAAAUGAAGUAAUGGAUACAAGUGAUCUUGAAAAGGACCUGUUCAGCAAAGUUGAGACCAAUGACUACUACACCACGGCCUUAAAGAUCAAAGGGCUAGAACAUUUGCCUGUUGGAUUUUAUUAUUUUAAUGAAUAUAUGGAAGAUCCUAGCACAAUUGGAAAUCCAGUUGCAAUGCAGAAAUUUUAUGCUAACACUGAUAUAUUCUUGUUCUGGUCCUAUGGGAAUGCUGUUGAUAUUAAGGGACCAACUGUCACAGAGCUCGCAAUCAAGGCAGUAAAGUCCAUGGGGGGAGAUGUUGAGAAUGUCAUUCUUCAACGCUGCUUUAAGUAUUUUCCUCAUGUUGGCAGCCAAGAUAUGAAAAAUGGAUUCUAUGAGAAGUUGGAAUCAAAGCUUCAAGGUUCAAAGAAUACUUAUUAUGUAGGCGGGCUUAUGGCGUUUGAGCUUACAGAGAGAAAUUCAUCUUAUGCCAUGGCUCUGAUUUGCAAAAACUUUGCAAAUAGCAAUGAUUUGCCAAUAUUUCCUUACACUAAGAAUUUGUUUCCCUUGCAAACUGAGUUCCAAAAGAAGAUUCCUAGAGAGUUAGGUGAAUUGCCAGAAGUGCAAUUUCCUAAUUUUCCUAUUUUAAAUAGCUACUUAAAGCACUGGGGAACUCAUCCAAUUACUCAAAACAGGACUCUUUAUACUUGGAUUAAUGAAGAAGGGACCUCGGUAUGCCGCAGGACCUAUGCAGAACAACAUCUUAAUGCUUCUUGCAUUGCUCAUAAGCUCUUAACAAGCCAAAAGCCAGUUAUCAAGCCUGGUGACAGGGUUCUCCUUGUCUAUGUCCCCGGUUUGGAUUUCGUUGAUGCCUUCUUUGGAUGCCUAAGAGCUAAAGUCUUACCAGUCCCCAUCAUUCCACCAGAUCCUAUGCAAAGAGGUGGACAAGCACUUAUGAAAAUUGAAAAUAUUGCCAAUUCAUGUGGCAUAGUGGCUAUUCUAUCAACAGUAGCUUAUCACUCAGCUGUCCGUGCCGGUUCAUUGAAAAAUUUGAUAUCAUUAACUGGAAAAAAGGGGAAAUCAUCAGCUAGGUGGCCGAAUCUUCCAUGGCUGCACACUGAUACUUGGGUCAAGAACUCCAAAACUAUGGCUUUGGAACACCUUGAUAAUCAAUGUGAACCAAAGCCUAGUGAUGUAUGUUUCUUGCAAUUCACCUCAGGUUCCACUGGUGAUGCUAAAGGAGUCAUGAUCUCUCAUGGUGGGCUUAUUCACAAUGUGAAGUUGAUGAGAAGUCGAUAUAAGAGCACCUCAAGGACAGUGUUAGUAAGUUGGCUUCCUCAGUAUCACGACAUGGGGCUGAUCGGGGGACUUUUUACAGCUCUUGUUAGUGGUGGAUCUGCAGUUUUAUUUUCACCAAUGACAUUCAUCAAGAAACCACUCUUGUGGCUUGAAACUAUCAACAAGUUCAAAGCAACUCAUAGUGCUGGCCCUAACUUUGCGUUCGAGUUAUUGAUUCGAAGAUUGGAAUCUGACAAGGAUAGGCUUCAGAACUUGGACCUCUCAUCCUUGGUUUUUCUUAUGGUUGCUGCUGAACCAGUGAGACACAAUACCCUGAAAAGAUUCAUUGAGCUAACCUCUCCUCUUGGCUUAAAUCAAAAGGUGAUGGCUCCUGGAUACGGCUUAGCUGAAAAUUGUGUGUUUGUCAGCUGUGCAUUUGGACAAGAUAAGCCUGUCAUUGUUGAUUGGCAGGGAAGAGUUUGUUGUGGGUAUGUUCCACACCAGGAUGCAGAUGUUGACAUUAGAAUAGUUGAUCCUGAGACUUGUGAAGAGCUUCAAGAAGAUGGAAAGGAGGGAGAAAUCUGGAUUAGUAGUCCAAGUGCAGGAGUAGGAUACUGGGGAAGAGAAGAGCUGAGUCAGAAAACUUUCAGGAAUGAACUUCAGAAUCAACCUGGGCUCAACUACACAAGAACCGGAGACUUGGGACGAGUUAUAGAUCAGAAGCUAUUCAUCACCGGAAGAAUCAAGGAUCUUAUCAUUGUUGCUGGAAGAAACAUUUACUCAGCAGAUGUUGAAAAGACAGUUGAAAACUCAUCAGAGUUUCUUCGUCCGGGUUGUUGUGCUGUUGUUGGGGUCCCUGAGGAAAUUCUAUCAGCAAAGGGAAUUUCCAUUCCAGAUGGCUCUGAUCAGGUUGGAUUGGUUGUGAUUGCAGAAGUAAGGGAUGGUAAACCAGUUACCAAAGAGGUUGUUGAGAGUAUCAAGACAUGUGUGGCCGAAGAACAUGGAGUCAGUGUUGCUUCUAUCAAGUUGGUCAAGCCUAGAACCAUCAGCAAAACAACAUCAGGAAAAAUCAGGAGAUUUGAGUGUAUCAAACAAUUCGCUGAUGAGACGCUGAAUUUGGUACCACUAAGUCCAAAUACUGUUUUCACAAAGAAAUAUAUGGUAAGGUCAUUUACUACAGCAACAUGCAGGGCAGAAGAAACACCACAGCCUAAGCUAAGGAUCAGUAAAAAUGACAUUCUAGAGUUCUUGAAAGUGCUUAUUUCUGAGCAGACUGGAAUCCCAAUCACCAAAAUCUCUGUUAAAGACCAGCUUACAUCCUAUGGAAUUGACUCAAUUGGUGUGGUUAAAGCUACUCAAAAACUGUCAGAUUUUCUGGGAACACCAGUUGCAGCUAUUGAUGUUUUCACUGCAUCCUGCAUUCAAGAAUUGGCUAACUUCUCUGAGGAUCUUAUAUUAAAGUCUCAGCCUAAGCUUGCAAGCAAUCCAUCCAUUAUUCCAGAAGAUGACAUUGAUUCUGCUGAAUUGGUUGUGGAGGUACCCCCAAAGUCUCACCAGUUCGGUAUCCGUUUACUUCAACUCUUAGCAAUUAUUUACAUUUCUACCGUGCUGGCCUCUCCUGCUUAUCUAUCCAUCAAUGCUUUUCUAAAUUUCUUCCAAAGUGUCACUAAUUCAUUAGAUGGAGUGGCUUGGUUAAAUUACUCAAUUUCCCUGAGUAUUGCACCUCUUGCUUGGAUUCUUUGCAUUGCUUCUUCUUGCAUUUGCCUUUCAUUAUUUGGAAGUUCUUUCUUGGGGCUAAACUAUGCACUCACCUCCGAAAUCUCCAUCUAUUCAAUGGAUUUUGUCAAGUGGUGGGCACUGUAUAAGACCCGAGAAAUAUCCUCUAAAGUUCUGGCAAUACACCUCAGAGGAACAGUGUUUCUGAAAUACUGGUUUGAGAUGUUGGGUGCAAGAAUUGGAUCCUCAGUUUUGCUUGAUACAGUUGACAUCACAGACCCAUCUCUGGUGUCAAUUGGAGAUGAAGCUGUCAUUGCAGAAGGUGUUUUGGUGCAAAGCCAUGAGGUAAAAAAUGGAGUUGUAAGUUUCCAUCCUAUUAGGAUUGGCAAAUGUUCUUCUAUUGGGCCUUAUGCUGUUCUUCAGAAAGGAAGUGUUAUUGGAGAGGGUGCUGAGGUACAGGCCUUGCAAAAAGUUGGUGGAGACCAGCAUGUCCUGAAACCUUCCAAGUUUAAUAAUGUUGACAAGAAUGCAGAGCUGCCUGUUCUUCCCAGCAAAACUCAACAUGAUAUCAUCUACCACUUUAUUGGGAUCUAUCUUGUAGGCUUUCUCAGCUCCCUUGCUGCAGCCAUUGCCUACUUCUUAUAUAUCAGAUUCUCCAAGAAAUCUCCAUCACUCCAGCACUUUUCAUUUGUUUGCUUAUGUGGAGCCUUCCACUGGAUCCCCUUCACCAUCAUUGCUUAUGCUACCAUGUUCUCUGAUGUCCCAUCAAAUCCCAUCACCUUUGCCAUUUCAUUUACCACAGGCUACUUGCUCCAUGGUCUCAUACUCAUCACUCUCACUAGUGCUUUUACUCGUCUAUUCGCAACCAAUCAAAAGCAAACUCAGUUUAAAACUUGGCUUCGAAAUCAAAUGACUAUGUCCUGUCACCUCAGAUGUGCAAAGCUUCUCUCAGGAACAGAAGCCUUCUGCAUAUAUUUACGCCUUUUGGGCGCGGAAAUUGGCAAGCAUUGUUCCAUCAGAGCCAUCAACCCAGUUUCAAAUCCAGAGUUAAUGUCAAUUGGUGCCGGUGUCCAUCUCGGAGAUUUUAGUCGGAUAAUUACUGGUUUUCAUUCUUCCAAUGGAUCAUAUGCUUGUGGAAAAAUUGAGAUUCAAGAUAAUUCAGUCACUGGGAGUCAAAGCCUUAUUCUUCCUGGUUCUCUUGUCCAAAAGAAUGUCAUUCUGGGUGCACUUUCAGUUGCUCCAAUGAAUUCUACCCUCCAAGAGGGUGGUGUGUACAUUGGAUCACAAUCCCAAGUUGUUAUCAGGAACUCAAUGAACGCUUCAGAUGAAAUGAUGGAGGAGAUGAAUAACGUGGAAUGCAAGAAAAGAAAUGGUGAUUUAAAAGAUGAUUCACAAAGAGUAACCUUGACCAGAACAUGGUAUCAGACCUUCACAGCACUCUUCACUCAGCCAUUUCUACAAACAGCUUUGCCUCAUCUUGUGGUGGGCUUAGCAGUUUAUGCUCCUUUGAACUUAAUUGUCCACUUAAAGCAUGCCAAGAAGCUUCCAAUGUUCUGGUUGCUUCCUCUGAUUUGGAUUCUCUCAGGUGCUUUAUCUGCAUUGGCUUGUGUAGUAGCUAAAUGGGUUCUUGUAGGAAAGAAGAAACAAGGUGAUAUUGUUCCUAUAUGGAGUAUAAGGAUCACAUUGGACAGCACAUGGCAGGCCAUUAGAACUUUAGUUGGAGACUAUUUCAUGGACAUGACAAGUGGGUCAUUUUUGUUUGUGCUGUGGAUGAAGAUGAUGGGUGCAGAUGUUGACAUGGAUCAUGAUGUUUAUGUUGACAGCAUGGGAGCAUUGUUGAACCCUGAGAUGGUGAAGAUUGAGAGAGGGGGUAGUGUGGGAAGGGAAGCUUUGCUGUUUGGACACAUAUAUGAAGGGGAAGGAGGGAUGGUGAAGUUUGGAGAGAUCAAAAUUGGAGAAUAUGGGUUUGUAGGGAGUAGAGCUAUGGCUAUGCCUGGUGUACAAUUGGAGAAUGAAGGUAGUCUUAGUGCUUUGUCACUUGCCAUGAAAGAAGAAAUCAUUAGGUCAAGGUAAAGAUGUCCAUACUGUGAUUUAGGGUCUAGUAUGAUUACAUAAUAUGCAUUGUGUAGUGAAAUUCCACUUGAAUUUCUCAUGUAUACUGGUGUUGUAAGAAUAUAAUUGUAAUGAUGCUUCAGUGUUUACUCAUUUGAAUGGAAUAUAAGUGACUUUCUUUUUUGUGUGGCUCAAAUUGUAACAAUGCUUCUAUGUGGCUUUUCGAUU